AUGGGUUGUGAGAACGGCAGCGAAAUCUCCGAGUUCAUCCUGCUGGGCCUGUCAUCCCGCCCGGGCCCUCAGCCCUUCCUCGCCCUCCUCUUCCUCCUGCUCUGCGUGGCUGGCGUUCUGGGCAACUCCCUGAUGAUGGCUCUCGCCAGCGACCCCCGGUUCCACAGCCCCAUGUACUCCCUCCUCCGUAGCCUGUCGCUGGUGGAUGUGGGCCUGCUCUCGGUCACCGUGCCCCAGGCGCUGGCCCACGCCCUCUCCAGCCGCCGGGCCGGGCCCUUCCGCGCCUGCCUGGCCCAGUUCUUCUUCUUCUACCUCUUCGGCAUCUCCGACACAUUGCUCUUGGCGGCCACGGCCCUGGACCGCUACGUGGCCAUCGGCGACCCGCUGCGCUACCCGGCCGUGAUGAGCCCCCGGGUCUGCUGGCGCCUGGUGGCCUCCUGCCUCGGCCUGGCCGCCCUCCACGCCGCCCUCCACGCCGGGCUGCUGCUGAGACGCAGCCACCGCGGCGGGAACCGGCUGCCCCACGUCUUCUGCCACCACCAGCCCCUGCUGCGCCUCUCCUGCUCCCCGACACGGGUCAACGAGGCAGCCGUCUUCUUCGACUGCGGCCUGGUCAUCCUGGGACCCUUCCUCUUCAACGGCUCCCACCUCACCACGGUGGCUUUGUUCUACGGGGCCAUCGUCGGGGUCUACCUCCAGCCCGGGGCCAGCUACUCGGCCCCCGGGGGGGCCGUCUUCUCCGUCACGUACACCGUCGUCACCCCGGCCGCCAACCCCUUCGUCUACAGCCUGCACAACAAGGACGUCCGGGGUGUGUUGUGUGUGUUGUUACAGUGGAUGUUGUUGCAGGCUCUGUAUGUUGUUGCGCGGGGAGUUGUUGCAGCGCCUCAGACCCCCCAGUGCUUCGCUCCCCGUUCUGGACGCUCUCAGGAUGGGGCCCAAUGGAGACGGACAGAAGGAGGGAGCAGCAACGCCACCCUCAACACAGCCCCGGGGCACUCGGACAUGGGGCUCAACCAGGUGCGGGGGCGGAGAGGGGGCCGAAUUGGAGACAACAUGGCCCAGUGGGUGGAGCCCAUCACUGGGUCUUAG